AUGGAUAACACCACUCAACCCACCCAACAGGCUACACAGGCCACACAACGGUUCCUUAUUGAGAAGUUCUCCCAGGAACAGAUCGAUGAGAACAUCGUCUGCAGGAUCAUUUGCACGACGGGACAGAUACCCAUUAGAGAUCUGAAGGGAGAUAUUGCUGAGAUUGUGAAGGUGGAUCAAUCGAUAAAGAAGGUUUGGACCUUUGGGAGAAAUGUUACUUGUGACUAUCAUUUCGGUAAUAUUACCAGAUUAUCUAAUGUACAUUUUAAGAUUUUACUUGGUGAAGAUGGAAAUUUGUUGUUGAAGGACGUUUCUACCAAUGGGACGUGGCUUAAUGGUGUCAAGUUGAUUAAGGAUAGCAAUCAAUUACUUUCACAGGGAGAUGAGAUUACUGUGGGUGUCGGGAUCGAUUCCGAUGUGCUAUCGUUAGUAGUGUUUAUUAAUGAAAGAUUUAGGAAAACUUUACAACAAGCUACUUUGGAAAACUUGAGACCGAAUAGUAGAAUUCUUGCCUUUACGAAAAACGGUGCCAAAUUAGAUCAAUUGGGAGAGUCUACAUUGACAGGUAUAUUUAAAGAUUUUUCCAUUCAGGAUGAAGUAGUCGGACAAGGUGCCUUUGCCACAGUGAAGAAGGCUGUGGAGAGAUCUACGGGGAAGACAUUUGCAGUAAAGAUCAUUAGUAAGAGAAAAGUCAUGGGUAAUAUGGAAGGUGUUAGUAGAGAAUUAGAAGUGUUGCAACAGUUAGACCAUCCAAGAAUUGUACGACUUAAAGGUUUCUAUGAAGAUAAGGAUAGUUAUUAUAUGGUGAUGGAAUUUGUAUCUGGUGGUGAUCUUAUGGAUUUUGUUGCAGCUCAUGGUGCUGUUGGUGAAGAAGCUGGAAAAGAAAUAUCGCGACAAAUAUUAGAAGCUGUCAAAUACAUUCAUUCAAAGGGGAUCAGUCAUAGAGAUUUGAAGCCAGACAAUAUUUUAAUUGAACAGGAUGACCCUGUCCUUGUAAAGAUAACAGAUUUUGGAUUAGCAAAAGUACAAGGUAAUGGUAGUUUUAUGAAGACAUUUUGUGGAACUCUAGCAUACGUAGCACCAGAAGUUAUAGGUGGUAAAGGUGAAACCAAUGAAGAGAGAAAUGAAUACUCAUCAUUAGUUGAUAUGUGGUCGAUGGGUUGCUUAGUUUAUGUCAUCUUAACUGGGCACCUUCCCUUCAGUGGAAGCACACAAGAACAAUUAUACAAACAAAUAAGUCGAGGAUCAUACCAUGAGGGACCAUUAAAAGAUUUUCGAAUCUCUGAUGAAGCAAGAAGCUUUAUUGAUUCAUUAUUACAAGUGAACCCAGGUAAUAGACUAACUGCAGCAAGGGCUCUAGAGCACCCUUGGAUCAAAAUGGCACAAUAUUCCCAAUCAUUUAAGGAAGCAUCACAAAUUUCCUUAACAGAAUCCUUAUCUCAACAAAAAUUACUGGAGAGCAUGGAUGAUGCACAAUAUGAAUUUGUUAAGGCUCAAAGAAAGCAACAAUUACAACAAUUAGAAGAGGGUAAUAAACCAAAGGGGUUCAAGAUUCCAGGUAAUCCUUUAAUUCGAUUUACUCAACAGGGGAAGACAACCAGUCAAGAGAGGGAAGUGGAGAAAGGUAAGGGCAAUACUACAACCAGUGUAAUAAAAAAGAAGAAAGGGCAGGGCAAGUUCCUGACAUUACGACCACUUCCUGAUAGUAGAAUUCAAGAAAACUUAACGAUUAAACAAGGUGUGAAUCCAUUCUUUAUUGGAAGAUCUGAAGAUUGUAACUGUAAGAUCGAAGAUAACAGAUUAUCCAGAGUGCAUUGUUUCAUAUUGAAGAAAAGACAUGCCGUGGGGAAUAGUAUCUAUGAAUCACCUGCGCAAGGUUUAGAUGAUAUUUGGUACUGCCAUUAUGGUACCAAUGUUAGUUACUUGAAUGAUGUGAAGCUAGGACAAGGCACCAAAGUGCUACUACACGAGGGGGAUGAACUUAAGAUAAUCUGGGAUAAAAAUAAUGCAUUCCUCAUUGGAUUCAAAGUUGAGAUCAAUGAUACAACUGGGUUGUUUAAUAGUGGAGUAGGUUUCCCCAUGAAUGAUCGUCAAAUACUCAAGCAGACGGAAGAUGAAAAAAGUUUAGUAAGGCGAUUAGGUGAAAUGAUGGCAAUUCAAAGAGCAAAUAUUUCUUCUUCACCAACUAAUAGAAAGAUCAAACAACAACAGAUGAGCACGUCCUCACCUAUACCUGUUCGCAUGAAAAUUGAAGACUCUUCUCCCUAUGAUAAAAACAAGAUCCUCAAGAGAGUUCAUUCUGUUAGUUUAUCUCAGUCUCAAAUCGACCCAAGUAAGAGAGUCAAGAGGGCCAAAUUGGACCCGACAACGAAAGAGAAUGAUAAUCUACAAUUUAUAUAA